AUGUCGGAAACCAGCGUUACCGACACUGAAAUGCAGUUUCGAAUGACCGCGACUGGCUGGACCGAUUCUCCAGAAAGCUCUCGAGGGCUAGAGGUCCACCCCGACGAGGACCGGCGACACGGCAACGCAGCAAGCAGGAACCAACCUGGAAAGUCGGCGUCCGAUCGCAUACAGCCGUUGACAUUGGAAUCAUCGGCUCGUCCCCCACGAGACAUACAUGGGAUCAAGUGGGUGUUCGCUGUAACGGCCAUAUUGUCCAGCGUGUUCUUAUUCGCGCUGGAUCAGACAAUUGUCGCUGAUGUUCAGCCAAACAUCAUCGCCGAGUUUGGUUCGAUCAAUAAAUUGCCUUGGCUCUCGGUGUCAUUUCUUCUCGGAACUGCGAGCACAAAUCUGCUCUGGGGACGGAUCUAUAGCCAAUUUAAUUCCAAAUGGAUCUAUGUGCUCUGCGUAGCGAUGUUCGAGAUCGGUUCGACCGUCUGCGGGGCCGCGCCCAACAUGAAUGCACUCAUUAUCGGACGUACUCUGGGCGGCCUGGGCGGCGGAGGAAUGUACUUGGGCGUGAUGAUGAUGUUGUCCCUGUUCACGACGCCUCUGGAACGACCAAGUAUAUCGGCAUCAUUGGGGUGGUAUUCGGUUUUGGCACCCCUCGGACCGGUCAUUGGAGGCGCCUUUGCCUCCAAUGCCUCCGCGACGUGGCGAUGGGCCUUUUAUAUCAAUCUGUGCAUUGGGGGCGCUUUCGCACCAGCAUAUUUCUUCUUGCUUCCAUCCCGUGAUCUGCGGCCGGGAGUGACGUUCUGGGACCGGAUGAAAGUGGUGGACUGGAUCGGAAACACUCUCGUCAUCGGAGUGUAUGUCUCCGGGCUCAUGGCCAUCUCAUUCGGGGGCACCACCUUUGCGUGGAACAGCGCCCAAGAAAUCGCGAUGUUCUGUGUCUCGGGCGUUCUGCUCAUCGCGCUAUGCAUCCACCAAGUUUGGUCCGACCCCAAAAACCGAAUGUUUCCGGUCCAUUUCCUGAAGAACGGAGGCCUGUUGAUCCAAUUCUUGGUCGGGUCCUCUGCGGGGACGUCGUCUUUUGUGACCAUCUAUUUCAUCCCGCUCUACUUUCAGUUCGUGCAGCACAGUGAUUCUCUGCUGGCCGGUGUGCGGUUAUUACCAUUCAUCGGCUGCCUGGCGGUCUUCACCAUGUUAAACGGCCACCUCAUGGCUUGA